AUAGCUUAACUUUUGCGAAAACCCUAAUUCUGCCACCGCUGCUUCGCAACCCAUCGCAUAUCGUGCGUGGUCUAGUGAGCUCAGAUUCACGGAUCUUCUUCAUCAAUGGCGACUGCGAAAAAUGUCAAGGACGUCUCUCCCCACGAGUUCGUCAAAGCCUACGCCGCUCACCUCAAGCGCUCCGGCAAGAUGGAGCUUCCCGAGUGGACUGAUAUUGUGAAAACUGGUGUGCUGAAAGAGCUUGCUCCUUAUGAUCCCGACUGGUACUACAUUAGAGCAGCUUCCAUGGCUAGGAAGAUAUACUUGAGGGGAGGACUUGGAGUUGGUGCCUUCAGGAGAAUUUACGGUGGAAGCAAGAGGAACGGAAGUCGUCCACCUCAUUUCGGCAAGAGCAGCGGAUCUGUUGCUCGUCACAUUCUUCAGCAGUUGCAGAAGAUGAACAUUGUUGAAAUUGAGCCAACCGGUGGAAGAAAAAUCACAUCCAGUGGCCAACGGGAUCUUGACCAAGUUGCUGGACGAAUUGUGGUCGUUGCACCAUAGAUAAAUUAUUUAGGCUUGUGUUUUAGCUUGUUGAGAACUUAAUCGGAACAAAAUCUUUGAACAAUUUUUGGUUGAAAAAAUGUUUCAUGUUUUGACUUUAUAAUUUUGUACUUCGUAUUAUUGAGUUAUAUUUUGAUAUGGAUCUAGUUCUUGGUUCAU